AUGUACAGAAAAAUUAAGAAUUAUUCACAAAUUGAGCCUUUAAGAAAAUUGUGUGUGAGAUUGGAGGAUGAGAAAAAAAGGAAGCAAAAGACAAAUGAAAGAAGAGGAGAAGAAAAAUAUGCGUCCAUUAAUUUAGACUCGAUUUCACGAUUACGCUCAACACAGCUUCUUCGCAGAGUCAAUCUGGAUGACGAAACGAAAUAA